AUGGCUGCAUCUACACAAGAACCCAUCAUCACCGCGCGAUUGAUCCUCCGCCAGAUACAAGCAUCUGAUUCAGAAGCCGUUUUCGCUUUCAUGUCUCUACCCUCUGUCAUGAGAUACACCGAACGAACCUCUGGUCCCAACAUCUACAACUUCGCCGUGUGUUUGAAAGACACCACCAACACAGUCAUCGGUCUCCUCGGCAGCCCUUCCUUCCCUGAGAUUGGAUACUUGUUCUCGCCAACUUAUGCUGGAAAGGGAUACGCCACUGAAGCUCUACUUGCCUUUACUCCAGCACUAUUCGCUGCCAUGCCAGUGGAGCAGACAUUUGCGGAAGCUCAUGUGGAUCUGGAGAACGUUGCUAGUCUCAAGCUGCUCGAGAGAUGUGGAUGGCAGAAAUGGGGAGAGGUGGAGGAAAGGGCUUAUACGAGUCCACUUCUGGGGCUUAGGGACAGUGUAUGUUACAGAAUUGCUAGGGAGGGACAUGAACUAGAAGAUCUG